AUGCCCCUCGAAGUUCAAAAGAUGGGGCCACGCAUCAUCCUGGUAUCACAAGGGGAUAACACGGCUGAGAAAGUGAUUGCUUCGGUGGAGACCAGUCUCAAGGAGCUGGGUACGGAUUGCGUAGAUAUCCUCUACCUGCACAAACCAGACCGUACUACGCCGUUCCAAGAGACACUUGGAGCCAUGGACAAGCUUCACAAGGCCGGCAAGUUCGUUCGUUUCGGUAUUAGCAAUUUCACCGCGUACGAGAUGGCCGAGGUCAUGAUGAUUUGCAAAUAUAACAACUGGGUGCGCCCCAGUAUUUUCCAGGCUCAGGUCAGGGUGGAAUGUAUCGAGCGCUACUUCCGCGAGAGCACAUUCAAGGCUAUUCAGUUGGCUGAAGGGGCUGUCGAGAAGCACAGCUUGACCAUGAUCGAGGCAGCGCUGCGCUGGGUAGUGCAUCACUCCGAGCUCAAGAUCAAUGACGGUAACGAUGGUAUUCUCAUUGGUGUAUCAAGUGUCGCACAGUUGGACGAUAACUUGACCUACCUGGAGAAGGGACCCUGCCGGAAGAAGUCGUCAAAGCUCUCGACGAGGCCUGGCAAAUCUCAGGGCUGA